GCACACACUCACAUAGUCGCAUAACAUAAAGACUAAUUCCGUUAAUUUCAUUUCUCUCUCGCUCGCUCCGAUUCAAAAUCUCGCCGGAAAAAUGGCCGAUCAGCUCACAGACGAUCAGAUCUCCGAGUUCAAGGAAGCUUUCAGCCUGUUCGACAAGGACGGCGAUGGUUGUAUCACUACCAAGGAGCUUGGAACCGUGAUGAGGUCCCUGGGACAGAAUCCAACAGAGGCUGAGUUACAAGACAUGAUUAAUGAGGUUGAUGCAGAUGGGAACGGUACAAUCGACUUUCCUGAGUUUCUCAACUUGAUGGCAAGGAAGAUGAAGGACACCGACUCUGAGGAAGAGCUGAAGGAGGCUUUCCGGGUGUUUGACAAGGACCAAAAUGGCUUCAUCUCUGCAGCUGAGCUUCGACAUGUUAUGACAAACCUCGGAGAGAAGCUGACUGAUGAAGAAGUUGAUGAGAUGAUUCGUGAGGCUGAUGUGGACGGUGAUGGGCAAAUCAAUUAUGAGGAGUUCGUCAAGGUCAUGAUGGCCAAGUGAGGACCACUCAUCCCAAAACUAAAGCUUUUGAGAAGAUUUUCUAAAUUAUAGUAGAAGGGACUGGGGAGAAAAGUUUGAGAUGUCUAUCUAUCUCUAGAAACUCUUAGUCUUUUGUGGAUGUGUCCGCUUUCUGUUUAAGUUGCUUUCUUAGUGUCUUUGGGUAUCUGUACUCGUUUUAUUUUGGGCUUUACAUUUGCUUUCUUUCCUGUCUUUUCUUAAUGAUGCUAUGAUGAACCUGGAACAGUCGCAACAUAUUUUCUUUUUUGCUUUC